AUGUGGCCAGCCGAGGGGCCGAGCGACCGCGGGUCCGCGGGCGUGCGCAGGGAGGGCUUGCGCCCCGUGCGUGGCGCGGAGUCCGCGCCGAGCACCCCGCAGCCUGCCUUGGGCGCGGGGAAGCCCGCGGCCGGGCCGCUGCAGAAGGAGGGCACCAAGGCCCUGAAGUCCGCGCAGAGCUUCCCGAAGGAGGUGCAGGCCAAGCCGGCGAGGCCGCCGGAGUCGCCGCCGAAGACGGGUGAGGCAGAGAGCGAGGCGGAGGAGUGCGCCGCGGCCGUGCGCGCGGCCAUGCACGCAGCCGAGAGCGCCGACGGCAAGGUCAAUGGCGCCAGCGUGGUCGCCGCGCCGCCGCGGCCCCCCAGGCUCGUGAAUCUCGAGGACCCGGCUGGGGUCGAGAGGCGGGCGGCGCAGCAUGCGCUGGCCGCGGCGGCCGAGGACCACGACGCCGCCGGGAUACGCGGAGCGCUGCGGCGCGCGCGCACCGCCGGGGUGGAGGAGGCGGAGAUCGCCAGCGCCGAGCGCGUCCUCAGCUACGAGACGCAGAGCUGGCUGACCCAGGAGGUCGAGGGCAUCUGCAGCACGAUGCGGCGGCUGAAGCAGACGGUCGACGACGUCGAGGCGAGGGCCGACGCGGCGGGCGGGCGGCUGCCGCCCGGCAAGAGCCCGGAGGGCGAGGACUCUUGGCUGGCCUCGCUGGAGCGGCGGCUGCAGGUGCGCGUGUGGGAGGGCCUGGAACAGCGGGUGGAGGCCGCCGUCCAGAGUGCCGUGGCACGCGCCACCCGGGAGCUGCUGGCCGCGGCCGCCGAGGUGGGCCAGCUGCGCGGGCAAGUCGCCCCAGCCGCUGGGCAGCUGCCGCCCCGCCCGCAGGUGCCCCGCGCCGUCCCUGGCCAGUACGGCAGCCUCAGCCAGCGGUGGCGGCGCGCGGCGCGCCGGGUCAUGCGACUCCGGUUCACUGCCUCGGCGCUCGGCACCGGCGACGUGCGCAGCUUCACCGCCGCCAGCGCCGUGGGCGCGCUGGAGGCCAGCCUGGCCGAGGACGACGAGUUCGAGCGCAUCAUGGCGCAGUGGGGCCAGAAGUGGCCCGGGCCGGAGGUGGUGCGCGCGACCGUCUCGCUGGCGCUGCGCGGCAGCGUCGCGCGGGUACGGGCGCAGGACGGCACCGCCCGCAAGUCCGCCGCGUCCAUGACCAGGAGCUCCCUGCGGCAGGCCUACGCGACGUCGAGCAGGAGGACCCUGAGGAAGACGGUCACGUUCCCCGACGACAUCGUCGCCGCCAUCUCGGAGGAGGCGGGCCCUUGCUCGAACGAUAUCGACGCCGCCACGCGCAUCCAGGCGCAGUACCGCGGGCACCGGGAGCGCGAGGAGAUGACGCGGGGGCGCGCGGAGGCCGAGGCCGCCACGAAGAUCCAGACGCGCUACCGCGGCCACCGGGACCGCGAGUCGGUGCUCCUGGCGGCUCUGCAAAACGGCCCUCCCCAGGAUUCGGCGGCGUGCGCGGGAGCCCACAUGGACGAGGCCGAGGCCGCCACGCAGAUCCAGGCGCGGUACCGCGGGCACCGGGAGCGCCAGAACGCGGCGAAGGUGGCCCACGAAGACCACCUGGGCGCGACCAGGCAGGCGGCCCAGAAGGCGCUGUUCGGCCUGCUCCUGGCGCAGCCCUGGGGGCUCCCAGCGCGCAUGGAGGCGCGGGCCGCGAUGGGCGACGCCGAGGCCGCCACGGUGAUCCAGGCGCAGUUCCGCGGGCACCGGGAGCGCCGAGUCGCGGCGGCGAGCGGAGAGGGCGGGGACGCACUCGGCGAGGCGAGAUCGGCCGUGGACGACAUUGAGGCCUGCGGCCGCCGGAUGGAGGCCGCGAGGCUGGCGCUGCAGCAGAAGGUCGAUAGCGCCGCGAGCCUGGUCCAGGCGCGGUACCGUGGGCUGUGCGGCCGCAGGGAGGCGGCGCAGAGGUCGAGGGGCGUACAGAAGCUGCAGCAGGCCUUCCGCCGCAUGCAGAUCAACAGGAAGGCCGGCCAGAGCGCUGACUUCUACAGGGUCGCGUUGCUGUUGCGCAAGAGGAACCAGGCGUUCGUCGACGCCUUCCUGGAGUUUGCCAGGAAAGGCGGCAGGGACGCGGAGCAGGGCCUGUGCAGGGAGGGCUUCCUUGCCGCGGCAACGGACGUGCUCGCCAAGUCGCUGUGUGGGGCCCAGGCGGAGGCCCUGUGGCGCGGCUUCGAGGAGAGGGCACGGGCGCGCCCUCCAUGGGCCUCAGGGUCUUCUGCAACAUCUGCGAGGCCGUGGCUGGCGGGGACGCCGGGGCGGCUGAGUAUGCCGACGUGGAUCUUGCGCAGUGGGUGUCUCUGCGCGGCACCGCCUGCGAGCAGCGGCCCGUGGCGGCGGAGGAGGAGGAGGAUGAGGCGGAGGCGGAGGACUCUGGCGGCGACGACGACGACUUCCCCACGGGCUCGAGGAAUGCAGCCUCGAGCCUCGGGGACAAGUGGGCGAACCACUUCCGGCAUGGUAUGGACCUGGACGGCUUCGUCGCAAUCAUGAGGGGCGUAAGGCCCACGCCCUCGAAGGCGCAGCUGAAGGCCAUAUGGGACGCCCACGCUUCCAGAAGCACCAAGACAAACGUCUCCCCUGAUUUCGUAGACUUCUCCCUGAUGGCAGAGGCCGUCGUGACCGACGCCCAUGCCGCGGCGGAGUUCGCGGACCUGCCCGUGGAGCAUUACCUCAUGCUCGGGGCGAACGGCGCAGAGGCCGCCGCGGCUGGGAUCCAGGCCGCGUUCCGGGGGAACACCGCGAGAAAGGAGUUCAGGCAGCGCCAGGACGCCGCUGUGAAGAUCCAGACGAGCUUCCGAUGCCGAACGGCGCGGACGGGCACGUUCGGCGACCAGCAGCUGCAGUUCUGACCUCGCCGCUCGGACAGCCCGAGAGACCCGUAGAUCGACGAGGUGCAUGGAAGCAGUAGGGGGAACACGGCUCCGCACCGCCUGCGAAAACCGGCCGCCCCGUGGCGUCCCCGGGGCAGUCGAGAGACUUCUGGAGAGGCCCCGGCGCUCUCGAAGGGAGGCGCCGGCGCCCCCGCCCCACAGGGGCGAGAGCCGCAGGCCCCGAGAGGCCCUGCGGAGGGUUGCCGCGCGCGGGGCGCGGCCCGACGGGCUGGCGCUGCGGGCAUGGUGGAAGAGGCCUAUCCUUUUUUUGAGUGGGCGCUGGCACUGCGAAGGCGUGUCCAGGCAUGGAGGGA